CGGGCAGAACGGAGGAAGUGGGAGUCCACGCGGAAUUGGCUGGGGUCUCCAUCCGGAGUUCCCACCAUGUCGAAGGUUUCUUUUAAGAUCACGCUGACGUCGGACCCGCGGCUGCCUUACAAAGUACUUAGUGUUCCUGAAAGUACACCUUUCACAGCAGUCUUAAAGUUUGCAGCAGAAGAAUUUAAAGUUCCUGCAGCAACAAGUGCAAUUAUUACUAAUGAUGGAAUAGGAAUAAAUCCUGCCCAGACUGCUGGAAAUGUUUUCCUAAAGCAUGGUUCAGAACUGCGGAUUAUUCCUAGAGAUCGUGUUGGAAGUUGUUAAUAUCUGCUACUUGGAACAUAGGAUGACCUUUCCAGAUAAAUAUUGGUAUUGUUGUAAAACUGAAGUUAGGCAUUUAAAACAUGAUGAAAACACCAGUAGUUGAUGAAAUAAUGAAGGGUGACUCUGUCCCUUCUUGUUAUUCACACGCUUCCUGUGAAGAGGGACUGCUAUGUAUAGAGGGUACCAUCUCCACAGAAGACCAUAGUCUGUCAUCGCUACCUCACAACACAUACAGAUAGUUCAUUCGGGCUAAGUGGAUUAUCCAGCUGUGUUUUGUAGGUGGUGGAUGCUUCUGAUAACUCUUUCUGAGAACAUUUGGACAAUUAAAGUUUACUGAAUCUUCCUAUUUGCGUUAAAAAUUUAAAAGGACUGCGGGUCAUACAUGGCAGUUUGCUUGAUGGCAUCUGACUUGUGCACUUAAAAAUAGUUGAUUCUUAAUUGUAUGUUCAUGAUAAAGGAUAUAGACAUAACAAUGAAUACGUAACUAUCUUUUUGUCAUUUAGGUUUUUUUAAGUUUCAAACUAUAUCAGAGACCCCAAAAUUGAAUUUUUUGAUCUAGCCCUUAUGUGUAAAAUUGAUGUCCCACCCCAAAGAGUUUUAACUAUGAUCUUGCAGAAUCCAGUACUUGGUAAGAAUUGAGAAUAAAGUAGAACCGUUCUUUGCUGAGUUAUGUAUCCUUUAUCAGUCUCUGAAUACAACCUUUAAAACAACCUCAGGAAACCCUUGUCUUAUUGAGGCUAGUAUUUCUAAACAACAUUCAGGAAAAGGGUAUUGGAAAGAUCUGGAAUUCACAACAGAGCUCUAGGAAAUGCUAAUUGAAAAUGCUGAUUAUUAUACUGAUUAAAGACCCAGCAUUUAAGGAGGUGUUAAGUUUAGCCACUGAAGUGAUUAAGAAGUGAGGAAGUGGGGAAACCCCAAUGACCAGUUUUCUGGUAAGGAGGAAAGAAACAGAAGACACAAUGAAGGGGAACAGAAAGCUGUAGGAGAGCAUCACAGAACAAGCCAACUGGAUCGGCAGAAGUGCAGUGUGUGUUGUGGAGAACUGAAGAGGAAAAGAAAAUAUAUGACAUUUCGGAAGGAGCAGAAGGCAAUUAGAGAAAGCAAAGUGUAGGCUUUGUCAACACACACACUUCAGAAUUCCCCUUAUGAUAAUCUAAAGAGUGAUGUGCAUAAGGGAAGAGUUUAUUUGCCCUUACAGAGGAAAUCAAUAUCUAUGCAAAUCUUGAAAGAUGAAAGGAAGGCUCAUAGUGAUUCAGAACCAGUGCUUGGCCUGCUGUAUUCUGGAUGGCGAGCUCCCUGGAGGCUGGCUUUGUGUCUGUCGUGCUCUUUCUAGACCUGGAAGUGUAGUAGGCUUUCAAUAAGUACUUGCUGAAUUAUUCAUGAAUAAAGUAUCUCUUAAGACCAA